AUGGAAGCAAUCGUCACACCAAGUUAUACCAUUCGGCGAGCUACUAUGGAUGACUAUGAUUCCUUCCUUAACAUUAUGGUUGACGCAUACACUAGCACCGAACCAGUUGCUAGAGCCUUGGGUGUUACACGAGAUGAAGCCGUGGAGUUUGUUAAAAGUUUCUUGCCUCACUACCUUCCACAAGGAUAUUCACUAAUUAUGGAGAGCGAUGGAGAGGUUGUUGGAGGUUAUUUGGUGCAAUAUGUUCAAAGACCCAACCCCAUUUACCCAUCCGGACCUGACCCUGAUCUUCCACCGAAGAUUUUUCUCAUAGAAACUAUUGCACAUAAACUUUCGGAAAAUUUUUGGGACAUCAUGCCUGUCCAAUUUACUCGAUGUAUGCAUGCCCUGUACCUCGUUGUUAUUCCUUCUUGGCAUUUUCGAGGUGCCGGCUCUGCUCUAACAGCGGCAGGGAUUCAAAUGUCAAAGGACGUGGGAGCUGAUGUGGCAUUUGCUGAAGUGCUUAGCAAUCAUAUCCUCCACGUGAGUCAACCGUAUGGUUUCUUUGAACUACGCUCCAUACUUCACUCACAUUGGAAAGACCGUAAAGGAAAACCCUUGUUCAACAUCAAAGGAGCGAAUCGAUCGAUACUCUUUGCAAUGUUCUUCAAAAAGACUGUUAUUGAUUCGAAACUGUGA